UUGUCAUUUUAAGGUUCGCGAAGAAAGGCAUAGAGGCUCGUAUGGUGAAGCCGUUGACAUUCGUGGCAGAAACUUUAGACAAAAGACGGAUUUUGUUCAACUGAUCGCUGAACCUCCCAACUUCUUCUUUGGUCUUUCCAAAAACUUCGCUGUCAUUCAUGUCGGAUCUCCAGCUGCUGGUAAACGGAUUGUUUGUUCAUUUUGGCCAGUAGGACUUCAUCAACACUUGUUAAUUUUUGGCUCAAAGAGGGGACUGAGUAAAUUACAGGAGUUAAACUGGGCAAAUGUAGCUGGGUGGAUGUCACGAGGUGGAUCCGAACUAGGAUCUAAGCGACAAUUGCCAACAAAUGUGGAAAAGAUAGCACAAGCUUUGAAUGAACAGAAUAUCGAAGGAAUGCUCAUUGUAGGAGGAUUUGAGGCUUUUCAUUCUGCAAAGAUACUACAGGACGCUCGAAAUAGCUAUGAAGCACUAAAUAUCCCUAUUAUUGUGAUACCAUGCUCAGUGUCAAAUAAUGUUCCUGGGACUUGCAAUGCCCUUGGUAGCGACACAGCUUUGAAUGAGAUCUGUCGCCAAGUUGAUAAUAUACAGCAAGGUUCUAGAGGAAGCAGGAAGAGAGUGCAAAUAAUUGAAACUAUGGGCGAGCGAAGUGGUUAUCUUGCCACCAUGACAGCUCUAGCGACAGGCGCUGAUAAAGUACUAGUUUUCCAGGAGAAAAUUACUGACAAAGAUGUACAGCAAAUUGUCACGGAUGCUUAUAAGAAAAUCAAGGAAGGGCUUAGUCAUUACACGAUUAUUAGAAGUGAAGGAGCUAAUGAGGAGAUGAGUUGUGAAUAUUUGAAGAAUGCAAUCAAAGCUCUUGAUACUGACAAUAAGGUGGGAACGCUUAGAUAUACCAAGUGUCGUAGAAUUUCAUUGUCCACUCGUGUCGAUAUCCUCUGCCACGCUCAAGAGGGCGGGUCACCUUCCGCUUUUGAUCGUCAAAUGGGUUUACGAAAAGCAAUCUAUGCCUUUCAAGGAUUUCUGGAUCCAAGGAAGAUGGGAGAAAAUGAUUGUUGCGUACUAGGUCUCGUUGGACGAACACUGAAGUUCACUGCCGUCUCCGAUUUACUCAAAGAAGUCUGCUUUGAACAUCGAAUCCCAUUGAAGCAAUGGUGGCUACCGCUAAUACCACUGGUUUCAGAGCUUUCAGGUAGCUGUGAUUAA